AUUGCGCUAAGGCUUCGUGGCUGCUGCCGCAUUAUAUUUCAUGCUGGCCAAUAAUAUUCGUCGUCAUAAUUAUACGCCAAUAUCAUAAUAUUAUUAUGGUAUUGACGUAUUUGAUUUACUGUACCUUAUGCUAACGUCCCAUAUGUGCGGAACGUACUGAUAGCUACGGGAACUUUGCAAAAUCUUGUAUUACCGGGGUCCUUUCUCGGUUGUACGGAUUGCGCAGUAGAUGAUAAUAUUAUAACUUGGUGAACCGUGUGUUUUUUAAGCAGAUCAUGAUUUCGUUCAGAAGAACUGCUGUAAUCUUGCAUCAGCUUAUUUUAUGUGAGUAAAUUUGAAUUUCGGGUGAAAUGUCUCAUUAUUUUGUUCCAGUCCCGGUUUUCCAUACACGUUACAUCGUUUUCUGGUCAUGAUUGGCCACGCCUUACAGCAGAAUUCGACAUUCCCGCCGAUAAAAUGCUUCACCUGCGCGGACAUGAAGAUUUCGGCCGCUGAAGAAAAUCACAGCGCCUUUUGUCGACAAAAUCUCAACCUACUGCGUUACGACCCUCAAAACACACGCUCCUUUGCCACCGAGUAUAUGCGCAGUCCGCGAGUCUGGGGAAUGGACGGCCUGGUGCUGCCGCAGCAGCCCUACUGCUUUACGUACAUCCUACAGUUCAAGAAAGAUGGCGCUGUACUGAAUUAUUUAGUCCGCAGCGGCGGAUGGCCGGGCUACAAACCCCCUACCGGUUGUAUCAAAGAAGAGAUGACUACCAAGAAUCCAUUGGAGGCCAUCAACCAGUAUCCUACGCUCAAGUACUACAUCUUCUGCAGUACCAACCUGUGUAAUAACAUUGGCCAGGACGAAUUUACCCGGCAGUGCUUCGCCAAGGAUGAGGACUUCAAUCCACCUAAGACGAUCUUUGCCCAGAAGCGGGACGCUGAAAAUUCGGAUGGAGCUGCAGUCAGCUGUGAUCGGCGGAUGCUUUCCUGUCUAACUAUAAUAUCAAUCACCCUUGGCGGCUUUAGUCUAGGGCGAUGCACAGUACUCGUCGGGUUAGCAGGCUUUCUGGUGCGUAGUGCGGAUGCGCUGCAGUGUUACGCCUGCGCGGAUGACGGCCGACCAGCCAGUCAGCUGCUGCCCUGUUACAACGUGCUCGCCCAAGGCAAGGAGCUGCCGAGCACGGUCAACUGUCCGGAUCGGUAUCCGCCGCCCAACGGCUACGACAUGGUCUGGCUACAGAAGGGCUACUGCGCUACCUGGCUGAACCGGAUGCCCACGCCCACCAAAGGCGCUUACGUGGAUUUUAUCAAUCGCGGCUGCGUGUAUCCCGGCGGGGAACCGGACAACUGUCUGGAAGUGAACAUGGAGCCGCCCACUCCCCAGCCCGGUGUACCCCAAUGGAGCCCGCGUCUGCGGGUGGUCAAGUACUGUCGGACUGACAGGUGCAACUCCGAGACCUUCACUGCGUUUGUGGCGGAGUGCAUCGACAAGACGCUAACAACGCGCGAUCUUUCCUCGGUUAUGACCACACCAUCCACACCGACCACCCCAAUGCCCACCAUACCGACCAGGAAGCCCACUUUGAAUAAAUACUUUGUGGAAGACGAUGAUGUCGAUGACGGUUGGCCUAUUCGUCCUUGGUUCAACUGGGACGAUGAAAUGGACAAAGAUCGAAAAAGGGACAAGAAGAUUUCGGAGGAAGCCGAGAGGAGAAAACUGGAAAAGAGCAAUAUACCAGCAUGGGAGCAACAGCGCCGUAUCCAAGAAUUCCUAAAGGAGUUCGAAUUCAAUGAAACCAAGGCGGACACAGAGUCGCACGCCACGCGCAUCAUCAUCAACUUCGACGUUUUUCUACUACCCAUAUGCAUGAGCUGCUUGAGUUUAUUCCGAUUAGGAGAGGCACUGCCGUGAUUGUUUCUGUGCAGAGUGCGUGGGUUGCGUUACCGGAAGUUACCGGACUUCUGUGCUCUUUACCAUUUGCUGUAGCAGUGCAGGCGCUUUGAGUUUUGUGAUUGUUUGGGCUGGCACGUAUGAUAGGUCGAACUGCCGUCCUUUAACGCGGUACAGUUUUGUCGUUUUUUGCUGAAUGCUGAUCGCGGUCCUGGUCGCUCGCUGUAGCAUGUUGAGCAGUAUGUAGCAGCGGAUUGUUAUCCACCGCAAAAAUUUUAUUUUGAAA